AUGACGCACCGGGCCAACGUGCUGGCGCUGUACAAGCACAUUUUGGCGCUGCAUCGACGCCAACUGAAGCCGCACAUGCGCGUGCUGGGCGAUCAGUACGUGCGCGAUGAGUUCAAGCGGCACAAGAGUGCCGAUCCCAAGUUCGUGCCGCUGUUUCUGCGCGAGUGGGAGCAGUACGCGGCCGUCAUGGACCAGAAGAAGGACUGCUAUGGUCAGGAGCUGUCGGUCGCGGACCAGCAAUUAUUGGACAAUGAGCAAAAGAUGAAGUUGCGCGCGCUGCAAGACGCUGCGAAGAAAGUGGGCGAGACGAUUGCCUGA